UCUUCCAGUAUUCCUUCUUUGCUGAGCCUGAGCAUGAGCUUAUGGGCAUGAGUUGGACUGUUUGUCCCUGAACUUGCUGAAGUGCCGUGUCAGUUCCAUGACAUCUUAGAGUAAUCUGCCAAGACUAGGCAAGAGUUCGCUACUUUGCUUGAUAGAUGAGGAGAGAUAGUAAACUGUGACCGGUACAUGCUGAUGUAGUCCAAUAAUCAUUAUACUUUUAUACUCACUAUUUGUCGUGUUUAGUUUUGAUGGAAAGCACCGAGUAAUGUUAGAGUAGUGGAAUCCAGGCCCAGUGCAGUGAUUUUAUAUUGUUUCGGUGCGCAAGGUGAUUUCUUUGCCACAAGCUGGACUAUUGUGGGAUCGAUGAGGUGGAGAAAGCGCGCUGCUGACUAGUGCGAUGGGACUGUAUUGAGACUUAUCAUGCACCGAAUGUAACUAUGCUGCCAAUUCGGACAUUAGAUGGACAGGCGCCAGAGGCGUCCGAUGUGUUUCCUACCUCUGAAAAUGAUCAGAACUAUGAUCAAGCUGUACAUCAAGACAUCGCGGAGGUGAACGAAGAGCAAUAUGAUGUCGAACAGCAGCUUCCGACUAUUGAUUACCGACAGCCCAGCGAAGACGAGCUAGAGCAGAGCUAUGGGUCGUCGGGAGGAGAGGAUAGCCGCACGCCGCUCGUUGAUGCCCUGUACCCGAUGCGUGCCGGGAAACAAGAGAUGGCGGGCGUGCUCGUGACCGGCCACCAUACCGAUCACCAGCAGAGGCAACAGAAUGCUGAAAGCAGCCGGGAGCCGAUGGCAGUCAGUGUGGCGUCGGCAUUUUCCGAGUCUUGCCCGUCUCUCGGCUCGGCAUUCCUCGAUGCUGAGAGUGAGGAGUCGACCAGUUCCAGUCAUUUCCAAACGCGGGCAACCAGUUUGGACAGGACUAGUCGCAGCAGAUCGGAAACCUCCUUAUCUGGGUUUGACAUGGUCGAUUCAUCUUGCAUUGAAGACACCACACAUGUUAUCAAGAACCCAAGGGGUCGUGCUUUCACAAGGACAAGAAGUAAAUCAGCACGCUUUGCAAUGCAAGCCGCAGCUGACUUGCAGCAGGCUGACUGGUUGGCCAACCUAAAGGAGAGCAAGGCUGUUGUGUCUCGGCUGGUUGAGACGCAGGAGGAUGGCUUUGCUGCGUUCGAGUUCAACGAAGACGAGACGGAUUUUGCACCUCAGAUCAUGGACCCUGCUGAGGCGAUGAUAGAGUAUGGCAUCACGGGUGAGGUUCGCUCAGCGCAACCAGACAUGGCGACGCCACCACCAGUGCCUCAGAUGCAAGAGCGGCACUUCUUUCGCUCAUCCAAGUCGUCUGCUGGUCUGCUAGCCCAUGUGCAGGAAAGCAGGAAAGGAACGGCUUCCGGCCGUCGCUCCUCCAUACCUGCCCUCAGUACGCUACGUACCCCAGUCGUACACGAGAACACCAUAUCUCUAGGCAGUAGUCCGGGCGAUGUUGGGGGCCCGUUUGGAAGGUCUGCAUCCUUGGUUGAUGGGGAGGGUUUCUCCCCGGUGACCGCCAAUGCUGCGCCGUCGAAAAUCGUGGCGAAUAAGCCUGCUUCGUCCGGUAUUCGUUCCAUGUUUCAAAGCCAGGCAUCGCUCAUGGACUACCUGACGGCGAAGGAGGCACGCACGGAACUUGAUCAAGUCAACGCUCACUUUGCCGUUGCCGAAGUCCUGAUCUGUGCCUUUGAGCAGAUGAGCUCCAAGCAACAGUUGGAGAGGUUGUUUGCGGAUGACGAGGAACCCACUACACCGCUCGUAAACUCCAUGCACAAUGGACUUAUCGCAGAAACACCAGAGCAUGUGUCUGUUACUCCUCCGUCGAGUGCACCACAAGCCAUGCGCCAGAGCCGGAUUCGUCAGGAUUCCAGCACUCGGUCUUCAUUUGCCAGUACUGGCAGCUCGCGUGCUGACUCUGAAAUUGAUUUGAGCGACAGUGAUUCUAUUAUGACAGAUGACGCCUCUGAAGCGGCUGGCGAUGCAGUCAUACCCAUCCCGACAACAGCAUACGCAGCCCGUCCAACUGAAGAUCAGCUCACUACCAUUGAAACAAGAAACGUGGCGUACGAAGGAGACGAGAUGAGCACUUCACCGGGAUCCAUUGCCCGGUCGCUGCUGAGCCGCUAUAGCUCCAUCACGCUGCACACUGCUUCGGAGCUGCAGUCAGUCAUGCAGGAGGACGACAUCUCUCGAGCAUUACUAGGUCUGGGACCGGUGCGGCCGGCGUCAGUGGCAAAGUCAUCUCCGACAUCCACGCGUGCCAAUGCCUCUGGCAGUUUGACAAGGAGUGCUGGUGCGAGUAUUGCCACGACUGUUGCUGCUGGUGCUGGUGCUGGUCUGCUGCAGACUGAAGUAGAGGUGAAGCGAGCCGAGGCCGUCCUCUCGGCCAUAUCUGCUACGCAACCGCGUAUCCGUGGCGACGAGGAUUGGGCACCGCCGAGGGCUCAAAUCAUUUUUCUACUUCAUCCGCCGCAAAAGAAAAAGCAAGCUGGCGUCAAGCAGAAGUGUCGCUGCGCUGGCUGCGGAAUGCAAGUGGAACCUCAUCUCAUGAAAAAGUUUCGUUACUGCGAGUAUCUAGGAAAGUAUUUCUGCCACAGUUGUCAUGGCAACCAGACGGCGCUGAUACCGGCCAGGAUACUGCAGAAAUGGGAUUUCCGCAAGUAUUCAGUAUCCAACUUUGCCCAGGAUCUGCUAUCGCACAUGUACAAGGAGCCUUUGUUCAGCGUUGCAGCGAUCAAUCCUGUACUGUAUCGCAGAAUCAAGGCUUUAGCUACAUGUCAGUCAAUCCGAGCACAGUUAUUCUACUUGAAAGAUUUCAUUCGAUCCUGUCGGCUGGCUCAGAGUCUUCGUGAACAGUUUGAGGACCAAGGCCACUGGGUGUCUGAGCCCCAUGUCUACUCUAUCGAAGACUUUACCAUGGUUCGGCAGGGCAAGCUCUAUGUUAUACUGUCAUCGCUUGUAGAGGCUGGAGUCCGACACGUGGAAUCCUGCCCGUUAUGCCAGGCGAGAGGCUUUGUGUGUGAGCUCUGCAACAAGGGCAGCGUCAUCUUUCCGUUCCAGCUGGACAAGUGCAACCAAUGCUCAGCAUGCCGUGCUUGCUACCACAAGCAAUGCUUCCAGCCGCAGAAAACGCAAUGUCCCAAGUGCCGUCGCCUUCAGAGGAGGAGAGAAAGUAGACGUGCUUCGCACCCAAUCAGUCCUUAGAGCAGUGUCUACCAUUGCAAGAACCGCCGACAUGGAGCGAUGGCGUCAAGUGUUUAUUUUCAUUUUAUUUUUGAUCUGUUGUGGCAAUCUGUCGCUGCUACUUGAUAAAAUCAUCUACAUGCUAUCGUUGCAGAUGUCCUAUAUUAUGGUACUAGUUAUCAACACCCUGUUUACAGAUGCCGUCGUUGCUUUUGUUGUGUCCAUUGUGCUUAUAUACUACCCAUCUAUCAAUCCAUCUUUUAUUCUUGAGCAAAUUUUGGAAUCACACUGUCGAAUGAUAUGAGUUUGACCGAAUUCCUAGGAGAGUCUACGUUCUUGAUCUAUGGAACGCCAUGAAAUUUUUAUGAAAUGUCUUCUAGUGCGCCUACAUAUUUAACAUAAAACUCACACUAGCUCAUUCGACUUCGUUUUUGGUUUUUUUACAAUUUUAAUUCAUUGCCCAUGGCCACGCACACUCAUGCCUGGGCGUGCUUACAAUGGUUUUAUCGGUUUUUAUAGUGCAACGGCACUCUCUCCCUUUGGUCUCGUGUAGCUGCUGUUCAACUCUUUGUCGCAGACAGGAUUUCACUGAAACUCUGGAAAUUGGAAUGUUUUUUGUUUGUUGUUGAA